ACAGAAGCUCACGUCGUACCGCUUGUUUCUCUGACUGGACGUGAAUCGGCAAGAUGGUGUCACAGGGCGUUCAGAUGAUCGGCAUCUCGUUGGCCACGGUGGGCUGCUUCCUGGUCAUCGUGGUGUGCGCGUUACCCAUGUGGAAGGUGACGGCCUUCGUGGGUGCCAAUAUCAUUACGGCGCAGACCGUCUGGCAGGGCCUGUGGAUGAACUGCGUGGUGCAGAGCACGGGCCAGAUGCAGUGCAAGGUCUACGACUCCAUGCUGGCGCUGGCGCGGGACCUGCAGGCCGCCCGGGCAAUGACCAUCAUCUCCAUCCUGACCGGGAUUUUCGGCGUGAUGCUGUCAAUCGUGGGCGGGAAGUGCACCAACUGCAUCGAGGAGGAGGCCUCCAAGGCCAGGGCGUGCAUCAUGGCCGGGGUCCUGUUCAUCGUUUCCGGGCUCCUGUGCCUCAUUCCCAUCUCGUGGUCGGCCAACGCCAUCGUCACCGACUUCUACAACCCUCUGGUCAUCCAGGCCCAGCUACGCAGCUUCUUCGCCAUGGGGAAGAUCGGCAAGGAGACUGCGGGUCAGAUCAUCGGCUUCAUCGGUCUGGUGGGGGUGGCGGUGACCACCGGCAUCCCCAUGUGGAGGGUCACCUCCUUCAUCGGCGCCAACAUCGUGACAGGCCAGAUCGUGUGGGACGGCCUAUGGAUGAACUGCGUGAUGCAGAGCACGGGCCAGAUGCAGUGUCGACUCAACGAGUCAGUGAUGAGGCUGACUCCGGACCUGCAGGCGGCCCGAGCGCUGGUCAUCAUCUCGCUGGUCUUCGGCUUCAUCGGCUUCAUGAUCACGUUCAUCGGAGCCGAGUGCACCAGCUGCCUGAAUAAGGAGACCUCCAAGGCCCAGGUGGUGAUCAUCGGCGGCUGCCUGCUCAUCCUGGCGGCCGUCCUGGUCCUGAUCCCGGUCACGUGGUCGGCCACCAUCACCAUCACCGACUUCCAGAACCCCUUGACCAUCAACGAGCAGAGGAGGGAGAUCGGGGCGGCCAUCUACAUUGGCUGGGGAUCCACCGCCAUCCUCCUGGUGGGCGGCAUCAUCCUCACCACCUCGUGCCCGCCUCAGAGACCCGUGUACGGAUACCCCGGCUCCCAAGCGGCAUACCCCUACGCCGACGGUUCCACGUACGCCCCUGUUUACGCGCCGGCCUCCAGCCAGCCUUACACGCCGAGUGGCUCGUACUAUCCCGGCAAGCCGUACGCGGCGCCGACCGGAUACUCGCCACGACAGUACAUUUAAACACCGGACCGGGACCCGCAAAGAGACUGCAGUCUGGAUCUUUCUUGUCCUGAUUACACUAACUAUCAAAACAGCACACACUGAAGAUGGUAUGUAUUGUACUGCAAAAUGACUGGAAUGUCGCAUUAUUGUGACAAGGGGUGGACAUUUUCAGCAAAUUUCUUUGGAAAGUUAAGAUGGGAGAUAUUUGAAAUAUUCUAAAUUGGAUACUUCCAAUGGGGAUUAACUGUGAAUUGGAAAGGUAUCGUAUUCAAGCAUAAUUAUAAACAUUUACUUUUGUCAUGAGCAAACGACCAUGCAAAAAUGAAUGGCUCUCCUUGCCCGCAUGCGAGGGCAUUACUGUACCUUAAUUCCUCCAUUUUUGUUUGACUUCACUAUGGUGGCAGCGUAUCCAAAGCUUGCUCAUACUUCAACUUUUGCCUCACAUCGCAAAGCAAAAAAAGUAGCUGCUUGUAACUCAAAACACCCAUACGUUGGAGCACUCGUAAGUCAAGGUAAUACUGUAAUUGCAUGAAAUCUGCCCACAACCAGCAAUUUUGCAAAUUUUUGGUUUAUUCACGUUAAUUCACAUGAAUAGUUUCCAAAUUUUAAAAUUUCCAGAAUUUUGAAACCCAACGUGUGAGUCCAUUAACACUCACAGUCACACCUAUGGACAAUUUACAAGUGUUCAAUGAACCGAACACUUUUGGAAGUGUGGUAUCAGCAACAUGCCCGUUUGCACUGGAGUCUAACAUUGUUGUGUAAUUCUUUUUUUUUUUUUUUUUUUUUUGGUAAAUGUUGAUUUUGUGUAAAUGACUCGGAAUGUGUUAAUAAAAUAUUUGAGUGAACAACAGGCCUCUUUUGUGGCAUCAUUUAUCAAGGCCCAUUUGGGAUUGCUGUACAGUGGUACCUUGAGUUGAGCGUUUAAAUCCAUCUAUGAAUAAGCUCACAUGAUUAUUAACGACAUGUUUUACUUGAAAUGAUUUCAAAUACCAUGAAUCAGUUUUGUUACAUGUUUUUAAUAAAGAAAAAUAGCACUGUUUUGUGUAUCAACAUCAUGAAAGAGCAAGCCCAAAAACUCACCAAUAUUGGCAUGUGCAUGUAUCCUCGUGAAAAUGUAUACAUUUUAAAGGUGCCGAACAUGACGCCCAAAAACUCACUCAUUAGCGCCCCCUGGACUGUUUGAAAAGAUCAGCCCCCAGCACCAGUUUCACCGAUCAACUCGAAAUUGGGUUUACAUGACAGGACGCACUAAAAAGUCUCAAGGACCCAUGCCUGAAAUUGAACAGGAAACCGGUCAUUUUGGGUUGAGGCAGCCAUCUUGGGUGAAUUCCAUGGCAUGUACUUUGAAGGACUCCUAGUUGGAAAUUCGCACAAAUCAGCCCCGAUUGGAAGAAAGCAUACUAGACAGAUCACAGAUGCUAAAUUACCAAGCUUUUUUGCCUAGGCUAUCUAAUCUGGGUGGAGCAUGGCGUCCAAGUCUCUCGUUCAGUAGCACCCCUGGAAAGAUUCCAGUUUCACCUAUCGACAUGAAAUUCACUUGACAUGUCUAUCAUGACAGGACGCACAAAAAAAGGAUUCAUGGUCAACAGUGAACAGCAUGUCAGCCAUUCUGGGAUGAAGCAGCCAUUCCAUGUCUUUUUCAUUUGCAUUUGAGCUGACAAAAUGGAAGAUGAGUAUUAAAAAACGUGUGAGGACAAAAUGCUUGUGAGAAAUCUUAAUAAUUAUGUUUCAAAAUAUGACGUAAGAAACGUAAAAUAUGUAAAUAUUUAUACAGCCAUGUGAAAAUGUCCCCUUUGAAAUGUAUACUGUACAAUAAGU